GAGAGAAUUUUAGUCAGUCACUAUUCGUAAUUUGAUGGAGCGAAAAAGAUGGUUGAAGACGAUUCGAUACUCUUGGUGGCACUAGCGAUCCGCAUGCGAUGAAAGCCGUCGUGAGAUUGAUGUGUACGCAAGUAGUGAUGGCAGGGUCCCCAAGCCCUAAAACGCCGCCCCGUAACAUUUAUGGUCUUUGUGCAUUUAUUGAUUGCCAAGACCGUACUAUGCUGUGAUACGACAUUACAUCUUUUCAUCUCUCCCCACAGCAUACAGCCGGAGCCUUUUGCUUCUUACUUCUUCUUCCAAUCGAUCACCAUACAUCUGUCGCACUGAAAAUGCGUCUCAAUAGGAUGCCAACUUGCGUCAGCAGGCCGUUUAUCCUCGCUGUAAUCCUGAUAUUAGCAUUGAUGCUAUUACCUGCAGAUGCUUGUUUCAAUUGCAAGAAUGAAAGAGAUCCCAGAGAAGAACCACUUCAUGAUCGGGAAACCGGUAAGAUCUUCUUUCGCACUUUCAAUCCUGAACAAAAGCUCGAUUGGGCCCAUCAUCAGACUGUAGGGGAAAGGAAAGCCGGAAGAAGAGGUGUUGAACCUACAGAUCAUAAUUACAAUACUAUGAUGCUAGCAGUAUCAAAAGGUCUCGAUAAACCGUAUAGGGCACUCUAUCGAAGUCGUUCCGGCAAUCAAGAGAUAUGGGACAAAAACAAAGGUACGCAACAUGUACAACAGCUUACGCAGAAAUUAAGAAAAGAAGAUACGAUAAUAGGCAGAAUAAAGAAGCUACUUCCACAUAAACCACACAACUACCAACGAAUAAUAAAAGGCUCUUCGGGAUCAAAUCAUCCGACCUCAACUCCAAGUUUUAAAGAGUCGAAAUCUGAUUCAGGCACGCCAAACGAAUUGAAGCAGCAUCUAAAAGGAUCACAGUCUCCACGUUCCCGAGAAAAGGUGAAAAGUUGGCUGGCAGGAAUACCAGACGAUUUAUACAGUUCGAAGGACAGUACCUCGCAUCAAAAGCAUGAAAGAGUACCAGGACACAGUAAUGGUUCAUCCUCACGAGGAAGCGUGAGCUCAACACACGAUCGGCUCAGAUCUUCCUCUUCCCCUUUGAGAGCAUAUUCUCGUGUCAGUUCUAGUAUUGAUUCUCUUGCCAAUAUCCACGUUACUAAUCCAGGCGCCAAGGGUAAAAUGCAACACAGCAGCAACUGAAAGACAUUGUGAAGAGUUGUGAAUACACAUUGUUUCUUUGCAAAUGCAUGG